AUGGUCGAUUACAACGUAAAUGGAAAAGUUGCUCUCAUCACUGGUGGUACUAGAGGUUUAGGUUUGGACAUUGCUGAAACUUAUGUUCUUAACGGAAUUAAGACUGUCAUUAUCACAUCUCGUAAAGCCAAGGCUUGCGAAGAAUCGAAGGCAUAUUUAGAAAAAGUAGCUAAAGACAACGGUAAGAACGUAGAAGUUAUCUCUAUCCCUGCAGACAUUUCCAAGGACUCCGAAUUAGCUAAAUUUGUGUCUACCGUUUUAUCAAAAAUUGAUCAGUUAAACAUUUUAGUUGCUAACGCUGGUGCUACCUGGGGUGCACCUUUGGAAGAACAUCCUAUCAGUGCUGUCAGAAAGGUUUUGGACUUAAACAUAACUUCCGUUUUCGCUUGUGUUCAAGCUUUCACUCCACUUUUAGAAAAAUCUGCUACUUUUGAAGACCCAUCCAGAGUUUUAAUAACUUCAUCAGUUGCUUCAAUGGUUGCGCAGGACGGUGCUGGAACCUUUGGUUACAUUGCUUCCAAGGCCGGUGUAACUCACAUGGGUAAAAACUUAGCCAUCAGUUUGGGACCAAGAAAUAUCAAUGUCAACUCGUUGUCUCCAGGGUUCUUCCCAACAAAGAUGUCGAAUGGAUUAAUUGAUAUUUUCGGUGAAGUUUUAACUGAAUCCAACCCUAAGAGAAGAUUGGGAAGAAAGGCAGAUAUUCAAGCUGCUGCACUUUUCCUCUCAGCUCAACAAUCCAACUACAUUAACGGUAUUAAUUUGCCAAUUGAUGGAGGUGCUAAUUUGGUUGGAAUGCCAUCCAAGUUGUAA